GGGCCCCCGCGCCCCGGGGCGCUUCCUGCCUCCGCCCCUCUCCGGGCCGGUGCCGAGGACCCCCGAGGGCAGGCCGGCACCCUCCGAGCCCGGCUCCGACAGGCCGCCUAAGCGCGUCCAUGGCAUCGCUGCCAACUGAAGUUUAAUGCACAGGCUUAUUAC